AUGGAGUCCCUCCUCAGCAUUUCGGGCUUCGCAUCAGACAAGGACAACCAGCAGCCAGGACCAGAAUCAUUGCGCACCUCAAUACCCCCGGUCCCGAGUGUGACGAGCGGAUCGACCGCGAUUCCAGCGACCAUGACUUCGCCCGAGUCCACCAAUCACGGCCUGCCGACACUCGAAGAGUCGGGGUCACAGCAGAGCUUUCACCCCUCGCCAGGGACCAGCGAAAGAAGAGGAACGAUGGAUCGUGACAUGAGCGCAGACGAAACUCUGGUCUCACAAUCGGGGUGUAGAGACAUAGGCUGUUUCAGGGAUCCCGAUAUUGCUCAUACGCGAGACCCAGCCCCCCGUAUCGGUUCGGCAGCUGGCUUCUCAAUCUUUUCGCCAAAAGGCGUACAAUGGGUCAUCGAAAGGACAGGAAACAAGACAUUCAAAGACGCCAUAAUUGCGGCUGCCCAGGAUGAGCAUACGAUGAAUCACUGGACGUCAGACACCUUCAACUGCGUCUUUACUCGACGUGUGUUCCGCCAGCUGCCCCCGAAAGAAGAGACCGUCUCUCUCGUCCAGCUGUACUUCAAAGAUUUCAAUAGCGUAUGUCCCUUGUUCUCUCAACCGACGUUUAUGGCAUUGGUUGAACGGCAAUAUUCCCCGACUCCCUGUGACAGCGUGGGCUGGUGGGCCAGCUUAAACACGGUCCUGGCCAUCAUCGUCAUGCUACAGGCCCUCAACAACGCUCCUCCGGCGGAGAUGGAGAGAUCCCGUGAUUAUUUCAGGAAUGCCGUGGCCGUUCUUACAGAAUUGACGAUUCGAAGCACUGACAUUCUCGGCGUGCAAGCCUUGCUUGCUAUGGCCUUGCUCAUGCAAGGGACGCCAGACCCCCGUCCCGUGGCUUUCUUUGUUGCUUCAGCAAUGAGACUUUCUCACACCCUCGGCCUGCACAAGAAGGAGUCUUUAUACGGCUUAGAACCCCUCGAAGCCGAACAACGGAAACGAGUCUUCUGGAUCGCCUAUAGGAUCGAUAAAGACAUGUGCAUCCGCUCUGGAUUACCGUUGAUCCAAGAUGAAGACGACCUGAGCCUAGAGCUCCCAAGUGAAAGGCCUCCGGAUGAUCUCGGAAUGGUGACGCUCCCCGGUGGGCAAGGAAAGCUCAAUAUGUUUAGGGCGAUGGCCGAGAUUGCAACCAUCCAGGCCAAGAUUCACAAGCGGCUGUACUCGGCAAGCUUGUCAAACCAGUCGGACGAAGCACUCAUGGCCACCAUCACCGAACUCGACCAUCAGCUCGAAGAGUGGAAAGAAAGUGUCCCGAUUGAUCUGGAUCAACCAGACUUCGAGAUCCGGACGGCAUACACUCCACAUAGUCUCCACCUCAUCGUUCUGCACUUUUCGUAUUACAGCUGCCUGCACACCAUCCAUCGGACAUCAAUUCAGCACAGCUAUUGGACAGGCCGGCAAACCCCUUCUGAAGCUGGGCCGCUGAAUCACCAAGUGUUCCAAUCCAUGGCACAAUGCAGCUACUCCGCCAGAGCGUCGAUUCGCAUGUUGAAAUACAUCCCUGUGCAAGACAUGGGCUUUAUCUGGCGAGUCUUAUACUUCCCCGUGAGCGCAUUCAUCACACUCUUUGAGAGCAUCCUCCGGUGCCCGACAGACUCACGAUCACGCUCAGACCUCCGAUUAAUGCGUUCGGUGGUCGACUUUCUUUCCAAGUUGAGACGUGAGGACAGUAUGGAGCUGAAUCGAAUCUUCAGAGUGUGUUCGGAGUUUGAGAAGACUUCCAGAGAGGUAGUAGAAAGGACGGAGAAGACUACACAGCGCGGGAGCGACGGAAGACGGUCCGCGCCGGGUAUCGCGGCGGAUAAGCAAUAUCUCACAAGCAGUCACACCGUUCCCUUGACGCCUCUGUCUGCCACGCAGGCUGGUGACAUCGGAUUUUCGUCGCCGUCGCUGUACAGUCGUGCUGUCACUCAGUCACAGAACUUCCCAUUAGGGCUGGACGAUUCUCUCGGCCAGUCCCAGUUCCCACAGAGACUUCCUGGGCUCAUGACAGAAACUCAGCCCAUGUUCCCGGACGGCCUCACGAUGCCCUGGAAUGGUAAUAUGUUCCAUGACCUUUUCGGGCCAGGACCUUUCAGUGCAAACUCCUACGGCCUCGAAACAACCCUGGAAGGAUGA